CACUUCUGAGGCACAGGGCUGGGGCCCGAUUGACGCAUGCGGUUAUGGUACUACAUUGAUCUGUCAGCGCUAAAAGAUUCCAACCUACAUGCCUAAAAGCCAGUCUUUUCACUCUUCCAACAAUGAACCUAUCUCAGAAUUUGGCAACAAUCGUGGGUGCGCGUCAAGGCAUGUUCCAGUCACCGGCUCGCAUGAUGGCCACCCAAAUGGCUCUAGCUUGGGCUAGACGCUGCCCGCACUAUCAAUCCCCGGCCUCGGCAAAUCGAAGUGAGAGAGCGAGCCAACCUAAGGCACCCCUGGCAAAGGCUCCGCAACUCCAGGUGAAUCAACGUCAAGGGACUGGACUCAUGACGUGCACCUCAUCCAUCGGCCAUUGAGAAAAACCAAGGUCUCAACGCUGUCUCCCUGUCUUCACCUCUCAGUGAUUCUAUAGCAUAACCAAAAUUCGAGAUCGCCAGCAUGCUCAACUUCAAUGUCCUCAGUCAGGCCUUCCCGCCAAAGGCCAAGUUCACAGAGGCCAACGUGCCAGAUCUCACUGAUAAGGUCUGUAUCGUGACCGGCUCCAACACUGGUGUGGGCAAGGAAGUGGCUCGUAUUCUCUACUCCAAGAAUGCGUCCGUCUACGUCGCCUGCCGGACCGAGUCCAAGGCUCAAUCCGCCAUUGAGGACAUCAAGACGUCGCAGCCCUCAUCCAAGGGCAAGCUGACAUUCCUGAGCCUCGACCUGGGCGACUUGCCGGCCGUGUCCAAGGCGGCCGACCAGUUCCUCGCCCAGGAGACCAAGCUGGACUACCUCUUCAACAAUGCCGGCGUCAUGAUGCCUGGCAACGGGACCAAGACGAAGCAAGGCUACGAGAUGCAGCUGGGCACAAACUGCGUCGGCCCCUUUCUCUUCACCAAGAAACUCACACCGCUGCUGCAAGCCGCCGCCAAAACGUCACCUGCUGGCAGCACGCGGGUGAUGUGGGUGGCCUCCUCUGCAGCCGAGGCGUUUGCGCCCGCGUGUGGUGUUGACCUCACCAACCUCGACUACCACACUUGGAGACCCAAUGCUUACCAGUACGGCGUGAGCAAGGCCGGCAAUUACUUCCAGGGCAUGGAGUACGGCAGGAGAUUCGGAGACGACGGCAUUAUCAGUGUCAGCAUGAACCCAGGCAACCUGAAGAGCGACCUGGGUCGGACCGCAGGCCUCCUCGGACAGAACCUCCACUGGCUCUUCAGCUACCCCGUCGUCAAUGGCGCAUACACAGAGCUCUACGCCGCGUUCGCCCCCGAAGUCAAGAACCGCGACUGGGUCAUCCCCUUUGGACGUCAGGGUACCAUCUCCAAGAGCCUGCAGGAAAACGCCAAGGAUGAGAGCGAGGGCGGCAAAGGCACAGCGCGCAAGUUCUGGGAGUGGCUCGAGGAGCAGGUCAAGGAAUAUGUCUGAAAGUAUUUGCGACUAUGUUUGUAUAUACCC